CAGGGCAAAGGAGGAGGGAGAGGAGAGGGGGUUAUGGAGACCAGGCAACACAAAGGGACAAGAAUUAAGCCUGAACCUCAAUAUAAAUUCACAAUUGAAGAUGACGAUGAUGACGAUGAAGAAGAAGUGUGUGAGUUUGACACGUAUGAUCUGGAUCAAAACAAAAGGCAGCGGCAAGAGGUGAAAACGGAAAAGGAUGAGAACGAGAGACGUCAGGAAGAGGAAGACAGGCAAUGGCAGGAGGAAAAAGAAAGAAAGAGGCAGGAGGUGGAAGAGGACGAAGAAGAAGUCUGUAGCUUCAGCCAAGAUGAUGAGCAGGAGAGGGACCAAGUGGAGUGGCGAGAAGAGAUAUCCAUGUUCGAAAGUGAGGAGGAAGAGGAGGAAGAGGAGGAAAUGGAUGAGUUAGUCAGCCUGGAAUCUGAAGAGGAGUCGUCAGACAGAGAAAGUGAAGAGAAGAGAAUUGAGGAGGAGAGUCAAAAGAGAAAGAUGGCUGAAGAGAGAAAAAGAAUGGAAGAGGAAGAGAAGAGACAAUAUCAAGAGAUGGAUGAGAGUAAGGUGAAGGACAAUGAAAAUCAGAUGAAAAUGGAACAAGAUGACAAUAUAGAACAGGAAGACAAAGAAACAUUGAAAAAAGAAGAGAAAUUGGAAGAAGAGAGAAAGCAGUUGAAAGAGGGACUCAAAAAGGAAGAAGGAAAAGACACAUUGGACAAAGAAGACAAAGAGGAACCGAAGGAGACUUUGGAAGCUGAAGAGAAAAUCAAAAGGGAAGAAAGGAAGGAAAUAGAGGAGUGGGAAGAGGAAGUAAAAAAGGAAGAGGGAGGAGAAUGUGAUACGGUCAAAGCGUCUGAAGGUGGGGAGAAAGAGGACAGCAGUAAUGAAGAGGAAGAGGGCAAGCAAAUAGGAGACACACAUGAACUUAAAUCUGAGGAAAAAGAGAAGAAAGAGGAGAAGGAGAAAAAGAACAUGGAAAAAGAAAUAAAAACGGAAGAGAAGGACAAAUUGGAAGAGGUAAAAGGAAUACCUUUGGAAGAGAAGGAGAAAGAGAAAGAGGAGAUUGAAGAAGAGAAAAUUAUGAAGGAGGAAGACAUGGAGAUGGAAAAGGAAGAGAAAGAAAGGAUGGAAGAUAAAAUGAGGAUAAAAGGCAAAGGACCGAUGGGAGAGAAAGAGGAAACAGAAGUGGGAGAAAAGGUGGGACAGGAAGAGAUAGAUGAAGGAAAGGUGGGAGAGGAGGGGAUAGAGAUAGAAGAGGAAGGAAAGAUGAGAGAGGAAGAGAUAGAAGAAGGAAAAGAUGAGGAAAUUAUGAGGGAAGAAGACAAAGAGGAGAUAGAAGAGGAAGAAAAGAUGGGAGAGGAGGAGAAAGAGGGCACAGAGGACAAAGAAACAAUACAAGAGAAAGAGGACAUAGAAGAGGAAGUAAAGAUGGAGGAAGAAGAGAAAAAGGAAAUGCAAGAGCCAGAAAAGAUGAACGAAGUGGAGAAAAUGCAAAAAGGAAAGGCAGAAAGAAGACUGCAAAUGGAAGGGAAGAAAGAAGAAACGGAAAGAGAAGAGAAAAUUGAAAAAGAGGGGAUGAAAAUGAACGAGGAGGAAGAGGAAAGAGAAAUGGCAGUUGAAGAUGAGGAAAGAAAAGAAUUGAGUGAGGUGAGAGAGAAGGAAGAGGGGACACAUGAGAUGGAGGAAGAUUUGGAUAGCAAAGUAGGAAAAAAACUGAAGAAUAAGAUAGAGGAUGAAAUAAUGCGCAGAUUGGAAGAAGAAUUAGUGAAGCUUAAGCUGGAGGAGAAGAUGAAGCAGAAUUUGGAGGAAGAGAUUAAAGUGAAGCUGGAGGAAGAGAAACUGAAGAUGACUGAAGAGAUGAAACGUAAGUUGGAAGAAGAGAUGAAAUAUGAAAUAGAGAAAGAGAUUAAGCGCAAGUUAGAGGAUGAGAAGAAACGGAUGGAAGAGGAGUUAACAAGAAAGAUAAAGCAAGAGAUGAAAUUUAAGAUUGAAGAAGCUAUAGGGAAAAAAAAUAGAAUGGAAGAAGAGAAGUUAUGCAGGAAGCUAAUGGAAAGAAAAGAGAGGAAGAGAAGAAAAGAGGAAGAGCAGAAGAAAAAGGAGGAAGAGAGAAAGAGAAAAGAUAAGCAGUUGCAAGAAGGAAAGGAAGAAGUGAUAGCCUAUAAUCCGGAGGUAGAGAAGAAGGCAAAAGAGGAGAAAGAGAAGAGAAAAGAACACUUGGGGAAGAUGAAGGAGAAGGAUGAGGCAAAACACAAUGUGAAAGAAGACUUGAGGAGAAGGACUGAAGGUGUGAGAGCAUUGGAGAAGAAGAAUGUGAAGAGGAACAUGGAGGAAGCAAGAAAUGCAGAGCAUAGAGCAGCCAAGAAGGAAUACAUACAGGAGAAAAUGAGUGAUAAGAGCAAAGACAGAAGACAGGUGGACACUGAGGUGGAUCAUAGGGUAGACACAAAGAGGAUGGUUGAAGAAGCGGAGGAAAGAGUAUGUCCUAAGGGUGGGGGAGUAGAGGGUGGUGUGCAGAAGAACAUCAAAAUGGAACAGCUUCCAAAAAAAUCAAAGGCAAAUUGGUCUGAUGUGAAGCAAAAUGGUUCAGUUGCCUCAAAAGUUCCAGUUUUCCCUGUCUCCACUUCCCCAUCAAGAUCCCAGCUGCAUAGAUCCUUCCAGCCAAGCUCUCGUAUGACAAAUACCACCUUGCCAACAUCUGCCAUGCCAUUUGCUGUGGCCCCUUGCCUACCGACCCCUGCAAUGCUCACAUACGUUCAGAAAGCUCCGUGUCCCUCCCACGCCAGCAAACGUCUCCACCAGUGCCCCUUGGUCAGUGAGGUCAAAAGGUGGUCCCUGUUAAGGAAUGAGUUGGAAGCAUUCUAUGAACUCUUUAAACUGUUCUCAGAGCCUCCUGCCCACGAUGUGAUUAACAUUCACAAUCUGUGUAUGGGUCUGCGCACAAUGGACAUCGAGCUGACCGAGUCAAAGCUUUGUGAGCUGCUCACUCUCCUGGAUGUCAACGGAGAUAAGCAGGUGUGCUUCGAAGAUUUCCUGGAGUUUGUCACAGACACUGACCGGUUCCUCCGUUACUUUGCCCAGCUGCCGGACAGCUGUGACUGCCCAAGGUCUCAGAAAGGACUCCUGACUGACACCGUGUUUUUUAGGAUCCUAGCAGAGAUCUUACGCUUAGGUGAGCUCUCUGUCGACUCGACCAAGCACAUUGUCAGGUAUUAUUUCACCAAGAAGAAAGCUGGCAUCAAAGAUCAGAGGGAAAAGAAGGCCAGUGGGGAUGUACAGGUACCUAGUUUCAUGGGCAUGACCCUUCACCGUCUAGUCCAUUACAUAGAUAUCCUGGAACCAGUUGACAGCUACGACGAGUCCCCUCUUACCCAGCAACAGGUGGAUGCCUUUCGGGAGUUCUAUGAGUUCUUUGACAGAAAUAACCAAGGCAACAUUGACAACGUCUCGCUGCUGAAAAUCAUGAACUCAUUGUCCAUCUAUGUGAACAACCAGCUGGUCCCAGUUCCUUUGCAGUUUCUGGCGGUGAAUGAAGGCAGAGAUGUCACUUUCCAUGAUUUCCUGGGCAUCAUGUGUGACACGGGCACCUUCAGCCAAUUCCUGGACCAGGCGCAGGAUGCCAACUGCCAGGUAUGGAAUGCAGCAGAGAUUUUCACCACCGAAGCUCUGUUCUUUGACGUGAUCACGAAAAGCCUACAAUCUCCACUGCUUGAUGCCAGGGCAGCCACCAACAUCAUGAGCUACUACCAUCAAAAGUUCAAGGGCUCACUAGUACAGUGCCAGGACCACACUGGAAGAUCUGAGGACAAUGCUGGACAGUCACUGCAGGAUAUAUCAAGGGAGGCAUCAGCAGCCUACAGUGGUAAACUACACCCAAGAGACAGCAUCGACACGAUGGAUGUAAGCUCAGUGCAGGACACUCAAGGGAAGUCGCAAGCCAGGAGAUCCGAAGCUUUCCAGAAGCGAUUCCAAAAAGCCCUCCAAAACCCCAACUUCAACACAAUCUUCAGCCAGUAUUCCUGGACAUGGAAAAUGGAGGAAGCAGGACGAAACAAACGACUGGAGCACAUGAAGAAAGGAAAGGGGAAAAUUUCUAUGGUGAAGUGA